AAUGAUUAUUUCAAAGUUCUAGAAUUGUGUUUACAAAUUAAUCUUAAUUGAAUGUAAAUUUUAUUUUAUUAAGAAUCAUAUUAAUUAGUUAAAAUAUUCUUUAUUGAUAACUUUGAAAUUUGUUCAAAAGUUUCAAAGCGAUUAAAGUUAGUAGUAAAAAAAAAAUUAAAAUGUGGCCGAUCAGGUCAUCGAAUCAAACGCCGGACUUUCAAAUUUUGUUUAGAAAAUUUCCAACGAAAAUCAUUUUUCAUUGUUUGCUCAUAGCGUUAUCGUGGCUAACAAAAUCUACCAAUGCAAAUGUCGUGUCAUUGACAUCGCAUGAUUUCGAUGCCUACACAUCUCAUUAUGAAUUAGUAUUUUUGAAUUUCUAUGCUGAUUGGUGCAGGUUCAGUCAAUUAUUGGCUCCGAUCUUCGAAGAAGUGUCCAAAAAAAUUUCAGUUGAAUUUCCCGAUGAAGGAAAAGUUUUAUUUGCCAAAAUCGAUUGCGACCAAGAUAGUGCAUUGGGUCAAAGAUUUCACAUAACAAAAUAUCCCACACUUAAAGUAAUGUUGAAUGGAAAGUUAUUUAAAAGAGAAUAUCGAGGACAACGUAGCGCCGAGGCAAUGGCACAGUAUAUUCGUGAUCUUCUCAAAGAUCCAAUUAUACCAAUAAAUUCUUUUGACGAAUUAAAUAAGAUUGAUGAGAAAAAAGGAGCUAUACUAGCAUAUUUUCGUUCAGAAGCUGGUUUCAAAAAAAUUGAAUAUGACUUGCUCCGUAAAGUUGCACGUGAUCUUCGGGAUGAUUGUAAAUUCUAUUGGGUUACUGGACCGCCUGUUGACACUUAUGGUACAGCUGAUAAAGUCUUGUCAAUCAAAUUCAAGCCCACACGUUCACAACCAUCGUCAGAUAAUCUUGAAUUUCCAACUGAUUUGAAAAGCUACGAUGAGUUAAGCACAUGGGCUACCGAUAAAUGCAUUCCAUUGGUCCGUGAAAUAACGUUCGAAAAUGCUGAAGAAUUGACCGAAGAAGGUUUACCAUUUUUGAUUCUUUUCCACCACCCAGAUGAUAAACAUUCAGUGGAAUUGUACACAAAAAUUGUCAAUCAGGAAUUGUUAAGCGAAUCUGGAACUAUUAAUUUCUUAUUAGCAGAUGGAGUAAAAUUUGCUCAUCCAUUGAUGCAUCUGGGUAAAACUCCCAAAGAUUUACCAUUAGUUGCCAUUGAUAGCUUUCGUCAUAUGUACAUGUUUCCAAAUUUCGAUGAUAUCAGAAAACCAGGUAAAUUAAAACAAUUCAUCCAGGAUUUAUACUCUGGAAAGUUGCAUCGAGAGUUCCAUUUCGGUCCUGAUCCUGCAUCACAUGAUCAUGGUCAUGGUGAAGAACAUAACCAGUUACAGACCCAGCCACCGGAAUCAACAUUCGCUAAACUAGCACCAUCAAGAAAUCGCUAUACAUUAUUAAAAGAUGAAUUGUGAUAUCUUUUUAUCCAGAUUGAUUUGCAUGCAAGAAAAAAACGUUGACGGUAAAAACACACAAACAUACUAUAAAUAUAAAUAUUUGGACAAUUAGAAUUUUACCAUUAUUUGAUUGAUGACUUUUCUCUUAUAAA